AUGCCUCUCUACAACAGCAGCAUCGCCCGCGAAGUCCUCACUGAGGCAGAGAAGGACCGCCUCUUGGCCGUCGCACUCAGUACCGCCGCCGACAACAGCGCCAUCAACUGGGAGAAGGCCACCACCGAGUUCGGCGCCGCCUCAGUUGACAGCAUGAGGGUGUCGGUCCGCAACAUACACAAGAAGCUCGACAAGGCCGGCGCCAAGACUGACGGCAACGACCUCACUGCCGGCCCAUCCAAGACCACCAAGCGCAAGUCCGGCGAGACUGAGGAGGCCGAAGUGAAGGCAAAGAAGCCACGUGCCACCAAGAAGAAGGUCACUGCCACCAAGAAGACCGAGGAGACUGAGGAGGCAGAGGAGGAGUAAUGCCGCUCGCACGUGACAAAAAGUGAGCCCACGUGGCCGUUCUUCCUCACAUAGCAAUGACCUGAAUGCACUGAACUGAAGUCCCG